GCUAACAAGCUAACUUCGGGAACGUCAGUGGUUCUACUCAGAUGCCCGUUGAAUAAUUCAUGAAUAAAUAAUAUCAUUAUUGCGACGGUUCUUAUUGAUUUUUGUUAUGUAAAAUAGCAAGUUUUCAUCGUAGCACAGUUGUCCUCGAGUAGCAACUUGCGUACUACAGAAUGUUUAGAAAUUAAUUUUACUUUUAAUUUUCAACACUUGUUUUAUUGAUUAAGCCUGAUUGAUACAGAACAAUUGAAAAAAAAAACAUUUAACCAAACUAAAAGGACGAAAGAUCGUGUUCAAUAAUUUUAGAUAGUCGGACACUUUUGAGAUAAUAACGGAAGACGCAGCAAUGGAAAUUAAAAAGGGGAUUAUCAUUCUUAUGUAUGCAGAAGUUCUAUCUUCAAAUGUUUUUGCCAUCGAAAGACAUAUUCAGUACAGACGUGGACAUGGUCAAGACAGUACCAAUGAUAUUAAGUGUGGUGCACAAAAAGUCGAAAAUAAAUACGCGGCUGUAAAAAUACCACUUGACGAUGAAAGUGAAAUUUGCCAUGGUUUGGAACGUGACUGGUUACUUGAUAAACGUUAUGACGACGGUUAUCAUUACAUAGAGAAGAAGAAAGUGGUGGAGAUAUUCAAACCUCCAAUUCAGGUUAAUUACAGUUUCUAUUGGUCACUUCCAUCUUUGUUCGACGUUGGAGCCAACUUACAAAUCUACUUGACCAGCCCAGCUACCUGGUCACGCUUGAGUAUUAACCUUCUUGACACCGUGAAGGACGAUCUGAAAGAAUCGGAGUUAUAUCCUAAAAUGUAUCAUCUUUACUUUCGGAGCGACUCUGAUAAGGCCGGUGUAGAUACAUACACACCAGAUGGAGGUUGGAAGCACAUUGGUUUAACUACUCAGCCAUGUCCAGUGAAAUAUGGAAAAACUUACAAUAUAACGUUAGAAUCCCACUCAGGCUUCAUCCGGACAAGGAUAGAUGGUCAGCCAUACUUCGAUCUUCCACAUGUCACCCCACCGAGGAAUGCUGCAACUCUGGCAAUAAAUACCGCUGUACCCCCACCUCUGCUGGUUCAUAAUAUUUCUAUGAAUGGUCGUGUUUAAAAAAAAACAACUUUACAUCGUUUUCCUAUAUAUUCGAUAUAUUUUUGCAACAUCCAUUUGAAGUUUUUAAUCCCCUUCCGCAUGGCGGAAAGGGGAUUCUAGAAAUAGCCUCCGUCUGUCAGUCCGUCCGUCCGUCCGUCUGUCCGUCCGUCCGUAACACUUUCGUGUCCGCUCCAUAACUUUUAAACCACUUAAAUUUUUUUGAAAUAAAUUGGCACAAGUAAUCACCAUAAUGAGACGAUAUGUAGAGCGCAAUAAUUGGGUUGCUACCCCAAAGGUCAAUGUCACCCUUAAAGGUCAAAUGUUAAAAGCUCUUCAUUUCAUAAUAAACGUCUACAUUUCGUGUCCGCUCAAUAACUUUUAAACUACUGAAUUUUUCUUUUAAAUACUUUGGCACAAUUUAUCACCAUAAUGAGACAAUGUGCAAAGCGCAAUAAAUUGGUUGCUACCCCCAAGGUCACACUUAGAGGUCAAAUGUUAAAAACUCUUCAUUUCAUAAUAAAAAGUUUAACCUUUACUUUAAAUAUCAUCUCCUCAUAAACCGCUUAGCCAAAUUUAUCCAAACUUCACAGGAAUGUUUUUGGUAGUCAACUUUAAAAAUUGUUCAAAGAAUUUAAUUCCAAGCAGAACUCUGAUUGCCAUGGCAACCGAAAGAAAAAAACUUAAAAUAUCUUCUUUAAGAAAACCGAAAGAGAUAGAGCUUUAAUAUUUGGCAUGAUACAUCAUCUAGUCAGUGGCAACCAAGUUUGUUCAAAUAAAAGCCCUUGGGUAAAAAUUGGCCCCGCCCCAGGGGAUCAUUGAUUUUCCCUUUAUGUGUAUAGUAAAAACUUAAAAAAUCUUCUUUUAAAAGCCCCAAAGAGCUAGAGAUAAGAUAUUUAACAUAAAACAUCUUCUAAUGGGUGUCUACCAAGUUUGUUAAAAAAGGGCCCUUGGGUUAAAAUUGGCCCCACCCCAGGGGUCAUUGAUUUUCCUUAAAUGUGUACAGUAAAAACUUUAAAAAAAUCUUUUAAAAACCCCAAAAGGCUAGAGUUUAGAUACUAAGCAUGAAAUAUCUUCUAGUGAGUGUCUACCAAGUUUGUUCAAAUAAAAGCCCUGGGGUUAAAAUUGGCCCCUCCGGGGGGGGGGGGGUCAUUAUUUUUCCCUAUAUGUAUAUAGUCAAAACUUAAAAAAUCUUCUUAUAAAAACCCCAAAGAGUUACAGCUUACUUAGAUAUUUAUCAUGAAACAUCUUCUUAUUGGUGUCUACCAAAUUUGUUCAAAUAAAAGCCCCUGGUUUAAAAUUGGCCUUUGCCCAGGGGCCUAUAUACACGUGAGCGACAUCAGGACCAUCAUGGCCCUCUUGUUAAGAUAACUUGGCAGAAAUGAUCACCAUUAUGACACCAUUGGCAGAGCAAAAUAAUCAAGUCACAACUCUGAAGGUCAGGGUCACACUCAAAGGUCCAAUGUAAAAAACAUCUAUUUUUCAUGUCCGCUCUUUAACUUAUUGACAAAUCAAAGGUUUUAAAAUUACUUGGCACAAAUGAUCGUCAUCAUGACACAAUCUGCAGAGUUCAACAUCCAAGUUGCUUACCCCCAAGGUCAAGGUUAUAUGUUCUCCAUAACUUUUGUUUACUUUAUGGAAGAUUUCAAAUACCAUGGCACAAUAAAUCACCAUCAUGAGACUUUGUGCUUAUGAUAUACAUGGCAUAACAUCAAGGUCGUGGCUGAAAAAGGUUCACUGCGGAUGGGGAUUUAGCUGUCCUUCAGACUGCAUUGUCAUUGUUGUUUUUUCUUCUCGUACUAUUUCAUUUAUUUCAAAGUAAUUUUGUAAAUAGCUAGAGGUCUUAUAUAUUGUAUACUGUAGUUUUAUUUUAAUGAUAUGUCAAUUAUAAAUACAUUUAGCACUCAUUUUAAUAUUCAAUCCCACUUCAGUUUUUGUUCUUGAAGUUUACAGAAAUUAAUAAUCAGUAUAUAACUUAUGUGUUGAAAAGUCACACUAGCUAAUGUACGUAUAGGUGGUCGUCACAUCCGCAACAGCAAAGUCGGUUAAAUGAUUGCCUAAUAUAUUAAUGUCUAUAUUGUUCGAUCCCUGAUGUCAUUGUUUAUGAACCCAUCUUUCUAUAUUUUUGCACGAUUUUUGCCCUUCGCAGAUUGUGCAUGCGCGAGAAAAUACUACAGCCGGUCGAGUUUUCAUAGCAACGACCGAAACUUGGCAAACUUUUCAACACGGAUAUAAAGCAAAUUAGAAAUAAUGUUUUGUCUCGAUUUUUAUUGUGUUUUACAACAUUGAAAUAACAUUUUUUAUUUCAUUCCGAAAGAAUUAAACCAUAUUAUCUAAAAAGAGUAUUGACUUUACCAAAAUAAGUGCAAAACAUAUUUUAACAAAAUGAACAACAUACACAAUCACGUGAUAUAGAAAAUAAUGAUGUUAUACAGAUGUAAUAAACUUUAAGUAUAUUUAAACUUACAUGGUGUAAGAAUGAUAUUUUUUGUCAAUCUUUGAAUUUUCACAAUAAUUGAUUUUUUGUGAAGAACAGUCUAUUCCAAAAUAUAAUCAGUUAAGAAGUCAAAAAUGGGACUUGUAAAUGCUUAAAUGAGUGGAUCAUGUUCCCGUCCAUACGUAUAUAUUUAAGGGUCCUCUUUGAAGUGUUGUUUUUUAUUAUGUUUCUGAGAUGAUAUUUAAAUUUUAAUCGGUGUCAUUGCCGUUAUUUUGAAUGCUAGUUUGGGCUACUUUCUGUGUCAACUUCAAAGGCGAAUGAAAUGCAAGCCAUGGACAAUAGAUUGAGCUCCAGUAACACGUUUUGUAUUUAAACAUUUUACUGACACUAUUUUAUUUAAUAACGCAAUGUUCAUGUGGCCAGAGCUGCAUCAGUACUAAGGGUGUAGUACUUAAGUACCAGUACCAGUACUUGCCUGAUGUGGCUCGAUUUUGCAAUCGCUUAUGAAAUAUCAAACACGUUAUCUUUUUAAAUCUUUUUUUUAUGACGGUUACAUUGUCACUUUCAUAGUGCUUCAUAAAUUUAUUCAUUGUAAUGUUUGAUGAUAAUGUUGUGAAAUUUAAUAAUUCUUUUAUUUAUCUUUUUAUCUAAUCAUAUUUUAAUAGACAUUUUUAAUUUGUGAACAUUUACACGGCCUUGUCAAACUAUCACGUGAACUUUGUGUAUUUGUAUCAUUAAAUUUUGUAUCAUCCAAAAUAUUCUGCAAACUAAUACCCGUUCCGGCAGCCUUAGUAAAAUAAUUUUUGAAAUUUCAAUAAGAAUAAUGAACCGCGUCACGACAAAACCAACAUAGUGCGUUUGCGACCAGCAUGGAUCCAGACGAGCCUGCGCAUCAGCGAAUGUCUGAUCAGGAUCCAUGCUUUCGCUUACCAACUCUAUAACAAGUAGAGAAACCGAUAGCGAACAGCAUGCAUCCUGAUCAGACUACGCGGAUGCUGGUCGCAAACGCACUAUGUUGGUUUUGUCGUGACACGGCUCAAUUAAUGUUUAACUGACACAACUUCUUUAUAAUCUAAAAUAUUUUAUCACAUUAUGUAUACAAAUACAAUUGUUUUUUUCAAGCCAAUUCAAUUUUCCUUUUCAAUUUAUCAAUAAAUGUGGUUAGUAACAAAAGGCUCUUUUUACAUUAUAUACAAUGUUUAUGUAACUAUAAUGGAUAAAAUCUCUUAUUUGUCGUAUACAUGGUAUAUAAUUAAAAAAGGUUUAUAGGGUAUGUUGUAUGCUUUUUAAAUUGUCUUUUGACGUCUUAUCUGUGAUAUGCAGGCUUCAUAACCUCAGAUCCUUUUUCGAAAUUCCAUUUUAUUUAGUUCCACCCAUUGUUUUCUCGUUUAGGGCACACGCAUUUUUUUAAUUAGGGACCAUACGCCGCUUUUCAUGGAAUGGCACUACUGUGUCACAUUGAAGGUUCCAUGAUAACCGCCGUAUGAACACAUCUGCGGAUGUUACUUAAUUCAAAAUUUCACCAUGUUCAUGUUUAAAUGUUGAAUUCUGCUUAAGCCGGUGCUAGGGGGCUCGGACGGUAAAUUUGCACUUUUCAGUACCGUCCAUGCACAGGCUCAAUCAAACCGAGCCUGCAACAUUUACAAUUUUGCCGUGUUGGGCUUUCUUUAGGGAUUCUGUUUUUCUCUAUUAUUUGUUAUUUAAAUUUGCUGUCAUUGUUGCUUUUGUUGUUGUUGACAAUUAUCUAUUUGUUAAGUAACUAGGCCAGUAAAUUACCUUUAAACCUUUGCCAAUUUCUGAAUAUUAAAUGAAAAAAGACCUAUUGUAAUCAAACACUACAACUUAAUAAUUAAAUGUGUCAGCAGUUUACAAUAGCAUAUCCUUUGAAUACCAUUUUCAUUAUCUUUAAAUUUAAAAUGACCUUUUUUUCUUAAAACCUAUUUUUUUGGGUUUUUUUUAUUCAUUUCAAAAUCUCACUUUCUAUAUUAUCCAUAUAAAUUGUUCGAUCUAACCUGCAAAAUAGCCAUAUCGUCUGCAUAAAACAAAAUGAUGACACGCAAAUCCAAUAAUGAAAUACCAAAAUUAGGGUCCAGGGUUAAAAAUAAAUUUUGGGUAUUUUAUUGGUCAGAGACCAGAAAAGAAUAAAUUUUUAUUUAAAGCUGUCCGAAAUCAACAUAAAAACAAUAAAAAUGGCCGCUCUUUUUAGAUAAAUAUUUUUGUAUCAUGGCUUGUAAACAGAAAAUAUUAUCAAUGGCUGAGAAAUUACAUCUGAAACCUGUCUGACAUUCCUCUAUUUAAUUAUUUUCUUCAGCCCAAUUAUAUAACCUUUUUACGUAACCCUUGGAGUAUGAUUUAUUAUUUAUUAAUGAUAAAUAAUAUUUAUUCAUUACAUUUUAAAAGUUAUAAAUUAGUAAUAAGUAUUUAUUCCUUUUUUACUAUUUAUAGUUUCGUAAUUAUUUAAACGUGUAAUUUGAACAUUUUUCAUAGACAAACAUAACAUCUUCUUAAUGCAAAAUAUCAAAGCCAUAGGCCUUUUGAUUUCAGAGAAGAAGGUUUUUUUUUAAAGUUUUCCAAUACAUAUAUGUUGCGUAUGGUCCGGUUAUUAUCUUACAUUUAAUUAUAGAUUUCUGUCAAGUAAAAAUCAUGUUUAAACCAAUAUUUAGUAAGUAAAUUAGUGCAAUUUCUUAUAAAUUCUAUACCACAGUUUGGGUUCUGUUAUUUAUUUGAUACAUAUAGAAACAGACAGAGACAACUAAAAAAUAUAUAUAUAUUGAUGACAUCAUCUUUGCACUAAUUCAAUGGUUGAAUAAGUCAUACCAGAAACAUGUUUGUGUUUUACACUCAUGACAUAUCAUUUCUUUUAUUUUUAAAAAGAAAAAAACUUCUGAGUGUAAAUAAUUUCAUCAAAUCUUGAUGUCAGCAAUUGAUAAUUUAUAUGAAAUUCACAAAAAAUGAUAUAGAUUUUAUUGUUCGAGGCAUUUCAAAUAUAUCUAUAUCGUAAGGUAAAGUUAUGACUAAACCUCUAGCAUAACUACUAUAAAAAAUACAAAAAGCACCUCCCCAAAAAGUUUAUCAUUUAGGGUGAGUGCACUCUUGUCAUAUUUAAAAUAUGCUCAUCUUUGAGUAAUAUUUCAUCAAUGAAAUUUGUUUUAAUUUAUGUAUAUCUUACUGACGAUGUCUGAUUUUAAUAAAAGAAUAUACAAACUAUGUAUGGGAAACUGCUUCUUACAGGUCAAGUAAAGGUGGUCUUUUGUUUUUUAACAAACACCAGUUUUUUCAUAACAAAUUAUAUUCAUAUUGUGACCACGAAUUAUGUGCAAAAUUUUAAAACAGAACAUAUCUACUCUGUUUGAAGUCAUUUUUAUUUUAUAUUUACAAAAGUGAUUAUCAUUAUUUUUUAACAUCAAAUUUGAAUUAGCAAAACUUGUCCAACUCCUUUUGCAUGUAAAAACAUUGGACUUAUGUUAUUAACGCAGUUUAUGUAAUAAUAAAGUGUGCGUAAUUUUAAAUAGAGUAUAGCUAUUUUAGGCUGUGCUAUUUUAGGCUGUAAAUGAUAAGUAACUAUUUGCAAAUAGCUUUAUAAAAGUAAUUCUUAAACACAAACACCUUUGUUGAAGUAAUAUUGUUUGUGAAUUUAUUAUUACUUAUUACGAGUGUAGCCCAUGUGAUAAAUCAUUUCAAAUCUGUUGUCAUAGCAUCUGAAUAUUUUGCUUAAAAAACUUUCUUCUUUUCUGUGUCCCUUAAAAAUCAUGCGCGGUAAAUGACAGGGACAUUUCAAAUUUUUGUCCAUAUUUUAUCAUAAGUAUAUAAAAUGUAAUUAUUUGUACUGUUGUUUUUUUUUCAACAUUUCAUAUCAUGUUUCACCAUUUACAGCGUUACACACAUUAAACUUAAUAUUGCCAAACACAAUCGGUCACCUAGCGAGAUAUUU